AUGACUUCUCCGAGGUUUUCUAUUCGGUCUGUUGUUGUAGCCGCCAUCCUGGGGAUGUUAUUCAUUACUCUUCUUGUGUUUUUCUAUGUAGUUUGGUCUUGUCAAUCUUCGUAUAUGUUCUUUACAGGUAUAUGGAAUAAAGAAAGCAAGUUAGAUUACUUCGAUCCAAUAAGUUAUUCUCUUUAUCAUCGCAUACGAGCUAUUUCAUUCCUUCCUUUCGACUACGAUCCGGAAGGAGUAUUUAUUCCAAAGGGAAGGACUCCUGACCACAUUGUUAAAAAUCUUUCCUAUGUUAUGGACGAUGAGCCCGUCCAAUGUGGAUUUAUGCGUAAUGGUGGUGGUGAAAUGGAUCCUGUGGAUAUCGAAUAUGCCAAGAAAUGUAGGUUUGUGGUUGUGUCUGCAAUUUUUGGUCAAAAUGAUGUACCUCGUCAGCCUUCAGGUCUAAGCCACCGCUCUAAGAAGCGCUUCUGUUUUCUUAUGGUGGUGGAUGAAGUGUCUCUAAAUUUCAUAGAGGAAAAUAAUUUUGUGAGGCAGGACUAUAAAGGAGGAAGGUGGAUUGGUAUCUGGCGUAUUGUUCUACUGAAGCAUCCACCUUAUGAUGACCCCAGCAGGAAUGAGAAAGUUCCCAAGAUCUUAACCCACAGAUUAUUUCCUCAAGCACAAUACAGCAUCUGGAUUGAUGGUAAAAUGGAGCUGAUGGCUGAUCCAUUACAGCUUCUCGACAGAUAUUUAUGGGUUGGGAAGAACACAUUUGCUAUUGCUGAGCACAAAUGUCAUCCAAGCAUAUACGACGAGGCUGAACAUAUCAAACUGCAGAAAAGAUAUGCUCGACCCUUCAUUGAUCUCCAGAUGAAAAUAUACUAUUACGAGGGAUUGAAGCCACGGAGUUCAAAGAAUACUACUGUUAGUGGAGACGCUUUCAAGUUCUUUAGGUUUCCAAAUUGGGAGUACCACGCACUGACAAAGUUUCAUUACACCGGAGGUGAUUUUUCACCACAACAGUGUGUAAAAGAGCGUAGUGAUUUUUGGGGAAAUGGUAGUAGCAUGAUAGAGAACAGAGGUGGUUUAGGGUUGUGGACUCCUUAUCCUGGAGAUCUUUAUUCUGUUUCACUGCCAAAACUAGUACUAGAAGAUCAACAAAAGGCGGAUUUCUUGAUUCCUUAUCCUGAAGAUCUUGAUUCUGUUGUAUUGCCAAAAGCUGUAGAAGUUGAAAUUUUUUGA